AGCAGCAGCAGCAGCAGUUCAGUGGAUAGAUGUGACAUAAGAUUGUACUGUGUAUUGUGUAUACUAGAUACGACUAGUGAAUCCGUCAAAAGCUAAACGGGAGACGAUCGUUGUUGAACUCAUUGUUGGUUCUGUCUUGACCAGCUCAACGGCAAGAUUCCGGCGUAGACCCGCGGGUUCCCGUCCCGAGGACACUUUACAGCGAUCCACAACUUGGAGUUGGACUCGCGGUGCUUGUUUGUGUUUGUGUCGGACGACGGCGCUCGGUGUUGAAUCGGUGUGCCGGAAGAUCCCACACUAAACGGAGCGGAAGCGACUGACGCCAAAGACCCAUUGUAGCACAACUACCGGUCGGAGGUGAAGUCAGCGAGUCAGCAAGGGUCAACAGCAGAAGCAGCAUGGGUGACGCCAUCAACUUUGGACCGGCGUGGCUGCGCAAAGGUCCGGGACUGGGCGGGGGACCACCCCACACCAACAACAACAACAGCAUCAGUAGUGGAGGGGGAGGAGCGGGUGGUGGCCACACCAAUAGCAUCCACACCAACAGUAACAGCAGCAGCAGCAGCAGCAGCUUCAACAACAACAACAAUAACAACAACAGCAACAGCUCCGGUUCUGCUGGAGGUGGUGGUGGCGGCGGCGGUGGCAAUUCGGCAGCCCUGGCGGCUGUCAAUGCUGCAGCCGCGGCCGCCGCAGCAGCAGCGGCAGCUUCCACGGUCACUCGGUACGCGUUGGCCGAGUUUCGGUACGGGCGGGAAGAGAUGCUGGCCUUGUUCGACAUGAAAUCGGUGAAAUCGCCAGAGAUUCUGGCCAACUUUAAGAACCUGUUUGUCGAGAAGAUCCAGUGUCCGUUGGCGUUGAUCCCGUGCACGGACGAUGACGUCGUACCGGAACCAGACAGCCGACGCAUAUGGCAAUCGCGGAGCAUCUCGCUUGGGGUGCCGGGGCGUGGUGCCCGCGGUGGUUCGGUAGAUCGUGGAAGAGGCCGCGGCAGGGGUUUCCUAACCGGCUAUCAACGGUCGACCUCUUUCUACGACGAUGAGGCCAGAGGCGUGGGAAGGGGUGAACGACCAUGGCUGGAGCGCAACGGCACCGGUGGUGGUGGUGGCCCGCUGGGUGGAGCUGGGGGCGUGGGCGUUGGGGGAGGGGGUCCUGGAGGUCCCGGAGGUGAAGUCGACUGGAACUCGUCCAGUUCGUCUUCGCCGAGGAAAGAGUUUGGAGUUCGCGCGAGGACGGCCAACAUGGACAGCUGGCGCCGAUCUCGGCCGGAUGACGAACCAAGUACGACCGACUGGCGCAGUGGUUCCGGAACUGGCGGUGGGGGCAGCGGACUGUCGACGAGUCUGUCCGGGUCUAGCUUGCGGGACAAGUGGUCCAGGUCAACGAGUUGGCGCGAGGAGGAGAGUGGCAUAGGCGAUGGUCCUGGAGGGCGGCCACUGCAUUCGUCGUCAGCGGGCGGUGGUUACAAACCUCGGAUGUCGGCUCUGAGCGGUGGAGAUCUCAACACGAGUGGAGGACCGGGAGGUGGUCUGAGGCGUCACUGGGACGCCGAUGAUCAACUGCCGGAGUGGGCCACGGAGAACCCGUCGGAUUACGGAGGUAGCUUCGACGCGAGUGGAGCAUUCCAUGACUCGGACAACGACAUUGACGGGCGGCUGGAGGACGAUGGCGGGAAGGAGAAUCACGUGGAUCAUCGCUAUCACCAUCAGCGCAAGGAAGGUUCGUCCGGUGGCAGUUCUCGGAGAAGCGUCCCAUCGUCCAAGGAAGGUAGUGCCGCGAAGGAAGACUUGCCCAACCAUGUUGCGUCGUCGGAGAAAGCCUCGGAAGAGGCGGACCCCGGCAGCAAAAAGAAGGCUGAACCGGUACGGAAUGCUACGACGGAUGAAAAGCCUCCAAAGGCCAGCGAGUCGGAACCGACCAAGGCGCAGGACAGCAAGGGUUCAUCGCCGGCACGGGAGGCUUCUAAACCGGUGGCAAACCAAGCAAACGAAGUGGCGGCUGAAAAGAACACCUCGAAAACGGCCGCCAACAGCCAGAGCAACAGCCGAGACGGCAGCGUUGCGAAGCCCAGUGAGGCACCGAGUGAAGCGCCGGAACAGUCCCAGCCCCAGCAUCAGCAUCAGCACCACCAGCAGAUUCACCACGAACCGAAAAAGUCCGCGUCGAGUUCGAGUGUGGAUCGGAUGCAGGAGGUUGCGGACGACAUGGUUGCCCAGCUCAUCAUGGACGAUGAGUACACGGGAAGUGGAGUGGAUUCGGAACCGGUUCCAGUUGUGGGUCCAUCUCGUUCCUUGGACAAGUCUCCCGUGCUGGGUGGUCAAAUUCCGCUCAACCUGUUGCUUUCGUCAAAGGAUCCGGUCGCAAUGCAACAGCUGUUUGGUGGUGCCAGUGCGGCCAACAGCCGGAUGUUGCACGGCCUUGGCGGUGGUCCCCAGAUACCGCCCCCGAUUCCGCACCCCGGCACGGACAUUUGGUACUAUCGGGAUCCCCAGGGUAAGGUGCAGGGUCCGUUCCCGGCGUCCGAGAUGACCGAGUGGUACCGGGCCGGAUACUUUGACGAUUCGCUGUCGGUGCGACGGGCUUGCGACGAAAUCUACACGAACCUGGGCUCUCUCGUGGCCCUGUGUGGCGGUGCCAUUCCAUUUUUGAACUCGAUGAACAUACCACCGAUUAAGGCUAAUAGCUCGAAGCAACCACAACAGCCACAACCUCCUCAAGGUCCUCCCGCCAGCUCAUUCCAACAACAGCAGCAGCAGCAGCAACAACAAAAACAACACCUCCAACAGCAGCAGCAGCAGCAACCCCCGCACGAUUCUGACCUGUCGGCGCAGUUCCAGUUCUCCAAGAAGUUCCACCUGCUGCGCCAGCAAAGUCUCAUCAUGCAAAAGUUGGCCUCGGCCGACGGGUGGCAGCUCCUCACCCAGGAACAACAGAAUGCCAUCAUUGCCCAGCACAUGGCCCAGCUGCAGCUGACCGACGGCGUGAUGAUCUCGCCAACGCCCGGCCAGAACCCGGCGGCAGCCGCAGCAGCAGCGAACGCCACGAAUCCGCCGAACCCGGCAAGUAUUUUCGGUGGUGGCCAGCCACCCCAGGAUUCGCUAGUCAAUCUCAAACAGGUGCAGCAGCAACAAGGGCCCGGCCAGCCCCACCCGGUGCUCGAGCAGCUGCAGAAGCAACAGUCCAACAGUCUCAGCAACGCGUUCCAGAAGAUGCCCGACUUUGGUCAGCCCCAGCCCGGCGGUCGGCCCUUGCUUGGUAACCUGAACGUCGACCACACUGCCGCCGGUCACGACCACCUGGGCCAGCUGAUCCACAACAUUAAUUUUAAUCAUCAACCUCCAGUACAAAACCUUCCUGGGCUGGGCACCAACAUGCUGCUGAAGCAUAACCUGAUGGGCAGUCUAACGCCCCAGCAGCAACAGCAGCAGCAGUCGCAACCCCCGAAACCGAACCAGCUAGAAAACGAUCCCAUUCAGUCUCUGCUGAUGCAACUGUCGAUGCACAAACAGCAACAACAACAACAGCAGCAGCAGCAACCGCCACCCCAGCCGGCCAAAACGCCCGUCGAGGUCAUGUCCCCGUGGUUGCAGAACGCAACGAUGCCACCCCAGCAGCAGCAGCAGCAGCAGCCAGGAGGUCGCCCACUGAGCUCCGGUUGGGGGGAUCUGGCCCAGCCGGGUGGUGGACAGCAGUCGGCGGGUGGGCCGUUUGGUGCGCACCUCGGUGGACAUCCGCUGGUCAACACUAGCAUGGCCAACGAACCGCAGGCACCGUCGGUUGUGUCGCUGUUCAAGCACCAUCAGCAGGCCGACAAGCAGCAACAGCAGCAGCAGAACCAGGACAAACUGGUUAACGACUCUCAGCAGCAGCAAAUGCACCAACAACAACAGCAACACCAUCAUCAUCAUCAGCAACAGCAGCAGCAGCAACAACAACAACUGGCAAAUCAUCAGCCAUUCGAACGUACCCAGCAAAAGCUGGACAGUAUCGCUGCCCAACAACAACAACAACAGCAGCAGCAGCAGCAACAGAAUCAUCAACCUUUUGAACGGACUCAGCAGAAGCUGGACAGCAUUGCUGCCCAACAGUUGCAACAACAGCAGCAGCAACAGCAACAAUUCGUUCAGCAACAGCAGAAGCAGCAACCCCAGGCUGCCAAGGAUGAGCGCAAGGAGCAGCAGGAAUUGCUGCUUCAGCAACAACAACAACAACAACAUCUGCAUCAGCAACAGCAGUUGCAGCAAGCCAUCAACAAGCAGGCCGAGAAGUCUGCCGCGGCGAAACCGGCCCAAUCCCUGAACAAGGUGGUCAACAACGUGGACGCUCUCGAGAAGCAGUUGCAGCAGCAGGAGCAGUCUGGCAAGGCGCCAAAGGGUGGCAACAAGAAGCAACAGCCGAAGCAGCCCCAGCAACAGCAACUGCCGGACGAUGACCAGGGCGAGUUCAUCAACAUGAAGAAGGAGAUGGAGGAGAAGAAGCGCCAGAAGGAGCUGAAGAAGCAACAACAGGAAGAGGCCAAGCGCAAGCAGCUCGAGGAGAAGAAGAAGCUCGAAGAGUUGGAGGCGCAGAAGAAGGCCAAGUUGUUGGAGGUUCAGCGUCGUGAAGCGCAGAAGAUCCAGGAGCAGCAGCAACAACAGCAGCAGCAGCCGGCGCCUCGUCCGGUCACGAAGGUCGCCCCGUGGUCUGCUUCGGUGGCCGCGGAAACUGCCGUCACCGGACCAAGUCUGGCGGAGAUUCAGAAGGCGGAACGGGAACGUCGUGCGGCGCUGGCCCGCCAGGAGCAGUCCCUUCGCGAGCAACUGCAGCAGCAGGAAAUGGUCGAACUGCAGACGCAGCUGGACAGCAAGCUCAAGUGGAACUCGCAGACGCUGCCACCGCAGAACAUCAAGUCGCUGGCCGAGAUCCAGGCGGAGGAAGCUGCUGCGGCCGAGCGGAACCGCGAGAAGAAUGCCGCGGCCAUUACGGCGGCUGCCAUUGCAGCUUCCUCUUCGAAGCCAUCGAAGAAAGAUGACUUGCUGGGAACGGCCGUCUGGCAGAGCCAGAGUGGCUCCGGCAACAGCGCUCUAACCUGGAACGCGGCCAAAUUGUGGGCCGGCUCGGAGGAUCAGAACAGCAACAGCGUCAGCUCGGGCGGAUUCUGGGAGGAACCGAACCCAUCCAACAAGAACGCAGGUCGUCAAAAGCACCACCAACAGCAUCAGCAGCAGCAGCAGCAACAACAGCAACAGCAAGCUCAGAACCAGAAGCAGCUGCUGGCCAAGAGCAAAACCAUGGGCAGCAUCUCGACGGCCUCGUCCUCGAACGCCGUGGCUGCGGCCAAGCAACACCAGCAAAAGCAACAACAACAACAGCAGCAGCAGCAACAGCUGGCCGCGAAGCGUGCUGCCUCCGCCUCGGCCAACAAGAAUGCCACUCCAGCUGCCGGCAAUGGCAAGGAACGUUCCGGUGGUGGUGGCGUCGUCGCCGCUCAAAAUGCUGGCUCUGCCGACCAGACCACGCACGAGUUUACCGGCUGGUGCACCCGCGCGCUCACCUCGCUGGGCAGCAACGUUGAUAUUCCGACCUUUGUUGGCUUCCUGCAGGACAUUGAGUCACCGUUCGAGGUCAAGGACUACAUCCGACUUUAUCUUGGUGAAACCAAGGACUGCGCCGAGUUCGCCAAGCAGUUCCUGGAGAGACGCUCCAAGUACAAGAACCAGAUGCGCCAGAAGAAUGCCCACAUCGACGACAUGUGCAAGCCGGCGCCGGCCAUCAACCCGUCGUCCAACGAUUUCCAGGAGAUCAAGGGUAAGAACAAGAAGAUCAAGAAGAACAAGAUGACCAAGCUGGACAACCGGAUUCUGGGCUUCUCGGUGACGGCCGCGCCCGAUCGGCUGAACGUGGGCGAUCGCGACUACGGCGAUAACGCCUAAGCGGCCGGGUCGAGGGGUUGUGGCUGGUGGCGCUGCGCGGAGGGGGAAAACAACCACACGAAACACAGAAAGAACACAGACACACACACACAUUUCGGUAGGUUGCGUUAGAGAAGGAGGUGGCACACAUUUACUCGCAUAUAAUAACAAAAAGUUAAUAAAAAAAAAAAAACGAAAGAUU